AGCACAAAAACACCAACACCCAAGUGUGUCCCUCUUCAGCCGCUGCAGGAAGCAGUUUUCCGCUUCGACCGGGGAUAGCAGAUAAGAGUGGUGCGGCUUAGCACAUGAUAGAAAAUUGUGAUCAUAAUCGGUUCGUGCCAACGAGCCAGGAGAAAAAGUGCGCCCCUGUGUGUAUUCGAGCGGCAAUAUUAGCAUAAAAAGUGCGCCAAAAUGACCGACAUCAACCGCAACGGGCAAGCUUAUGUGAAGCACAACGGGAAAAUCGAACCGGGUCCAAGUGCUUCCAGUACGCUGAAGCGUAACAAUAGCUAUCAUCAACGAUUGAAAAAAUCCUACAGCGAGUGUGAGUAUAGUGCCACCAACGCCGCAGCAAACAACAAUGGACAGCAAUCAGCAACGGUCGGUCGAAGCGGGUCCAACACCGGCGGAUCGGCCAAGUGGCGAUCCCAAACAGCUCUACCGGCCAACCAGCAGCAGGGUGGCAUGGUAAAACCAACGGCCACUGUCAAACCGGAUGCCUCGGCCAACACUUCAGCUGAUGAGUUUAAACGCUUUCACACGCUACGUAACAGCUACGGGGGGAAAUCCAAUUUAAAUGUAAAUAGCACCAACGAGUCCUCAAUAAAAACGCAAGUUCUGCUUCAUCAGCAAAAGCUGAAAGAGUACAGCAAACACGCUGCGGAUCUGAACAACGAUAGCUACUCGACCUGUUCCUCGUCUCAAUCGGACUAUCAGCAUCCGCAGCAGCAGCAUCAUUCUCACAAACAUCAUCAUCGAUACCAUCAUCACCAGCACCAACAUCAUCAGCACCUCCAGCAGCAGAAUUCCCAGGCUCCGGCCCAGCAGCUACAGCAGUACCAGUAUCCGGUGUCAACGACGGUGGCUGCCAACGCUACCCUAACCCGACCCGCCGCUGCUGGUCACAGCAGCAGUUCUUCCAUCUUGAAAAACAGUAAGGACUGUAGCGGCGGAGGCGGCAGCGCCAAGAAUUCGCUCAGGCGUGGUGCCGGCGGAUUAAGCACUUUGUCACUGUGCAGCUGCGAUGCCGAGACGGAGAUAAUACCAAAUCCAUUAAGGCCACUAUAUCAGUACAGCUUGGACAGGAAGAAUCCUCGCCAGCACACGUACACGUGCGAACAGAAUGCCCAGAUUUUGCUACGGCUCGAGAAGGACCGGGCGAGAAAGUACGGCUCGUCCGGAAAGCUGAACUUUACCGCCUCCACCAGUGACCUAACGAUACUGCCACCGGCCAGUGGUGGUGGUGGUGGUGGUGGUCUGCAAAAAUCGGCCACGACAACGACCAUUCCGAUGUCGACGACGACGGCAACAUCGACGACACUGGCUGCUGGAACGGAACUCAAGACCGGAAUCUGCAAUAACGACUCUACUGCUGCCGGCACAUUCGAGUUCCGUGGCGUCUAUCCGGAAAACAACUACAUCGAGAACGAGCCAUUCGUGGAGGAUAUGAUUCCACCUCCACCGCCUCCCCUCAACCGGCGACCUUCCUAUGGCUACAGUUGCAUCAUUCAACCGCUGACUAACGAGCCUGGCCACGGGCAGCAACAUCAGCCGCAGCCACCAGCCGGCCUCGCUAAUGAUCUGACCUCGACGGUCAACGGCAACAAUGGCAUCAUUAAUAAUUAUCCCUCAAAUCAGCCGGACUUGUUCAAUUUCGCAUCGACGGGUGGACCGACUGUCGGUCCCCAGCAACUUCAGCAGCCAAACGGUCCCAGUUCCACGCUAAAAUCGACGCUGAAAAAUAAAUCAGGCACCAGAACGCUGACCAAUGCUGACACUGCCAACAUCACCGGCACCGACGUCAACAAAGCCAAGUCCAAGCUCAAGAAGACCGGAUCGAACUUUGACAUGAUGAAUAAUGGCACAUUCAUCGACACCGGCAGCGGCGGAGGUGGCGGGGAAAGCACUACUAUUCCUAUGAAGCAGUUCCCGCCCUACUAUUUCGAUGAUAACUAUCUCAAUCACGGCUUACAUCAACAUUUCUACUAUCAGAAUCCUGACGGGAGCUUUCCUGUCUCUGGUAUAACGAAUGACACCGAGGGUCAGCUGUACCUGUACCAUCAUGAACCGGCAUCCUACAUUCCGAACUAUGACACGCUGAAUUUACCCUCCAAGUACAACACCAUCGGACCAUCGGGUGGAAACGGCGGUGGCGACGAUGGUGGUGGUGGUGGUGGGGUUGGGGGCGUUGGUCACGUGAUUGGCGGGGACUAUAUCGGAAACACCAAAUAUCACCACGCUAGCUCAUGCAACCUUAAUCAGUUUAGUUCGUCGGCGAAGAGUAAUCUUAUUAGCAGCCAUCAGCACCACUUUUCCAACUCGAUCAGUAAUUUCAACUUUAAUCCAUCGCAAUAUUUCGGCACCGGACUGGAACCACCGGGAGCAACGAUUAUCGGGGGACCGGGCGGCUUAGGGGUGAUGGGUGGUGACGGUUUCACCUCGACUAUCAGCCUCAACGGGGGAACACCGAACAAGCAGCAGCAACAGCAGCAGCAGCAGCACCCGUGGAAACAUAGGCAGUGCCCGAGCCGAGGUUCCAGCAGCACCGGUUCGGGGUCGUCAAAGUGGGACCUGCCCUCGCGCCAGUGGCUAGCGGUGACUUCGAUCCUGCUGAUAGCGGGUGCUGCCGGUGUGGCCGUCCCGUUUGCCUUGAAGGUUUCGGCCGGGGCACCGCUCGAGGAACGACUCCACGCCGCAGCCCAGCUGCUCGAAACAGUGCCUUUAAUCGACGGACACAACGAUCUGCCGUGGAACAUUAGGAAGUUUUUACAUAAUCAACUCAACGAGUUUCGAUUUGACGACGAUCUGAAGCAGAUAUCACCGUGGUCGAAAAGUGCUUGGAGUCACACCGAUUUGCAGAGACUGAAACGUGGCCGGAUAGCUGCACAGUUCUGGGCUGCUUACGUGCCGUGCGAGGCCCAACACAAGGACGCUGUGCAGAUCACGCUGGAGCAAAUUGAUGUAAUUAAAAGACUGACGGAACGCUAUUCACCAGGGCUCACAGCAUGUGCAUCAGUUUACGAUAUCGUUCAAGCGCACAAAAACCAUCAAAUGUGUUCACUAAUUGGAGUCGAGGGAGGGCACUCACUGGGCGGAUCGUUGGGUGUGCUUCGGAUUUAUUAUGCACUCGGCGUUCGUUAUAUGACCCUGACGUCCACCUGUCACACCCCGUGGGCGGACUCGAGCAACGCCGAUGCCCCCAAGUACGACAUCAAGCACGGAGGACUGACGGCGUACGGAAAGACCAUCAUCCGGGAGAUGAAUCGCCUGGGCAUGAUAGUGGAUCUAUCGAAAUCGUCGGUCGCAACCAUGAAGGACGUGCUGGCCACCUCGCAAGCGCCGGUCAUAUUUUCCCAUUCGUCGGCCUACGCCCUCUGCAACUCGAGCCGGAAUGUGCAGGACGAGGUGCUGCAGCUGGUGACGAAGAACCGCGGUCUGGUGAUGGUCAACUUUUACAAUAAAUUUCUCAGCUGCACCGAAAACGCCACCGUGGAGGAUGCUGUCGCGCACAUAAAUCAUAUAAGACAGAUUGCCGGAAUCGAUCACGUGGGACUCGGCGCCGGAUACGAUGGCAUUAAUUUUACGCCCCGUGGCCUGGAAGAUGUCGGCAACUAUCCGCGACUGUUUGCCGAACUGCUCGGCGUCGGCUGGACGGCCGACGAACUGGAAAAACUAGCCGGCCGCAAUCUGUUGCGGGUGAUGGAGGCGGUGGAGAAAGUUCGCGAUAAGCAACGACUUUCCGGCGUUCGACCGUACGAGGACAUUCCGGUGGCACUGCGGGCCGAGGAGCACUUGAACUGUACGACCAACAGUUAAUGAACUGUACCGCCGUAAGCACCGUAAGCCAGCGUAAUUGCGUGUGGCAACAACACUACAGUUGGGACUGAUUAAUGAGCGAGCGAGCAACCAAUUUUCUGCCGAGAGACGACGCGCCCAAGUUGGAGUAAUUACCCACUCCGACGCACUCACUGAUGACUAGGUAC